AUGGCGUACAAUCAGUCCUACAAUCCAGAUGCGCUGCCAGCCCACGCAGAGCCCGAGCAGGUUGCGCAGAUGCUCGGUGCUAUGCAGACGAGCAGCUCAACUCACCAACGACCCCCUCGACAGUCUUCUCACCAUUCCUCCAGCGGAGUGCCUCCGCGCGUGCCAGUGUCCGGAGCGCCGAGCGCCAACCCGCAGCGCUACCCAGCACCUGCCCAACAGACUCACCACGGCGGACGAUCGCCGACCGUUCCUGUUCAACAACGCCCGCACCCAUUACACCCCUCGCCUCCUCCCCAGAACUACGGCUUUGGGCCUCCUCCCUCUCAGCCCGUGCGCAACCGUCCUCCUCCGUCGUCGCGUCCGCCCCAAUCCCCACACCCUCCUCCACUCUCGGUCCCCGACGAUGACCCACAGCAGCUGUACCCCCUGUUCCGCGCCGCCAACACCUCGCACUCCGGGGCGCUGACGGAGCUGGAGCUGGGCUCUGCACUGGUGAACGGCGAUUACACCUCGUUCCACCCCAAGACGGUCAAGAUGAUGAUCCGCAUGUUCGACCGCAACAGCAGUGGGACGAUCUCGUUCGACGAAUUCGUCUCCCUCUGGCGCUAUCUGGCGGCGUGGCGGGAGCUCUUCGAUCGGUUCGACGUGGACCGGAGCGGACGGAUCAGCCUGCCCGAGUUCGAGAAUGCGCUGGUCGCUUUCGGGUACCGCCUCAGCCCGGGAUUCGUGCAGGUCAUGUUCAUCACCUUCGAGAGCAAGGGGCGGCAGAUGAACGGGCACACCUAUGGCAAACAUGGCAUGAGUUUUGACCUGUUUGUGCAGGCCUGCAUUAGUCUGCGUCGCAUGACCGACGUGUUCAAACGGUAUGACGACGAUCGGGAUGGAUAUAUUACGGUGAGCUUCGAGGAGUUUUUGACAGGUGAGUGUGGACGCAGCCCCCCCACAAAGAAAAAAAAAAGCGGUAUUGCACCGACAGAUAACUGA